AUGAAUAAUGAAGCUCGAUCUUUACUGCUUGAAGACCUCGUGAAAAAUACUGACAAGAUUAGUUGCAUCGAUGAUCUUCUUCAAGUCCUGCAACAGGCGUUUGUUGAAGUUUUUUUUAAUAAGAACCUUUUAGAUGAACAGAAGCAAUAUUCUCCGUCUUCUUCUUUUCAGCCGUCGCAACCCUUGUCGCUGGACUCAAACGAGGAAACCAAGGUGUCCCUUGUGCGAUCGGUGCGAGUGUUCCACGAAAAAGGUACUAAAUCGCACCCUGCGUUUUUCCAAGACGAAGCAUACCAUCCACAGGCUGCCUUGUUCAUUCUUGAAAUGUUGAAGUCUCUUUCAGGGAAUUCAAAGCAGUGGUUCAAAGAGCUGCAGAUAGAAAGUUUGUCUGCAUGUUUGUCUGUGUUUAAGGCAAUUGGCACUAAAAACGUCCGUAAAUGUCUUCCCGGCAUCGUCUCGGCAACGGUUCGUUAUCUCGACCGAUCUCAUCUUGGAAAAGAUUCGGUGUUGGUUCAACUGAAGGCACUGCACGUAUUGCAUAGCGCGCUAAUGAUCUCAUUUGCGUCGAAGGAAAAUGAACCUUGGAUUGUAGAUACAAUCGGUCAUUUGACCAAUGCUAUGAAGCCUAUUUUGGAUCCAAAAAAACUCACAAAGAACGGGUAUAGUGAAUCCACUGUCUACCGACUCAAAGUAUUCUUUUCCGAUAUGAUGUGCUGUCCGGGAAUGGAGUUCGGCGAGACGAGCAUCCUAGCACAGGACUUGGUUGUUGCCUUCGUGGUGGUCGAAAACCUUCACCACCUUCAAGGGGCCUGUGACAGGGGUGAAAAGGGAAAGUGGGAAGAUUGGGAAACGGGCCCCCACUCCAGUCGCGCCACGUUCGAUGAUGUAGUGUGUCGGCUAAGAACGAGGGCUGCGGAACAGGCCCUCUCUGAUGCUUUGAGGCAGCUUGGAGGAGUAGAAUUGUUACAUGUAGUUACAACGGUGCUGCGUUUCUCUUUUCUCCGCCCUAUCAUCAUUUCUGAGUCUGAAGACAGUGUUAUGGUCUUCAAAACGCUUGUGCGUAAGCUGAUCCGUAUUGUGGCUACUGAAAUGAUGGAGGACGCACUCUACACCUCUAGACAGCCACGUCGCUACCCUAGUGGCGUUGUGGAUGAGGCCUUGGAGUGCUUGGCCCACGCCCUAGCUGAAGUGGACGUUCACAAUCCAGAUAGUUGUGAAACACCCGUAACAGAAACUCAUGAAACGAGUGGUGAAUUUCUUACCAAUAUCCUGCUGGAUGAGUGCGAUGCCAUUUUACAGGACUGGGACCUCUAUAUGAUCCAUGCUCCAGCCAUCUAUGUGUUGACGCGUGCAGUGCUCUGGCAAUUCAAGCCCAUUCCAGAUUUUCUGCAAGAUAGCUUUAGCCCGUCACACAAGGACGGAGAGAGAGGGCAUGCUUCAUAUUUUCCUGCGCCCGCGGAUUUUAUUGAGAUGGGUGCCUUUGAGCAGUUGUGGUCCGUUGUGGCAGUGCCGCACCUAUGGAAUAUUGCUGAGGAUGAAGAGCUAUGCAACUAUCAGCAGGUUCAUCAUCGUCAGGUUGUGGCAGCAACUAUACUACGAUUUCUUUCGCUGGCUGCUUCUGAUGUUUUGGAACCAUCAGUCUUAUCAGGAGGAGUUGAAGGGCGUCGCAGCUUUGAACGCUUCAACACGCUCGCACUGUACUUAAUCCUUGAAAAAGCGUCCGCAGGAGGGAUUGUACAAGAUGCAGCUGUUGAAUGCAUCAGACAAUGCAUGAAAGCGUCCUGUGAGAAGGAUCCAAUGAAUUACUUCUUAAACGUAUGUCUACCUUUAGUCGAUUCAGCUUCUCGAGCCAUGAAACAACCGUUUCUGCGAUCUUCUGUGGCUAGCGUGCUGCGUGGUAUAAUCGAGUUUGUAGUUGAGGGUAGUUUUGGCACUGGUCUUAAGCACUCGCAUCGACGCAUGCUUUUAGACCAGAAAGCCACAAAGACUGAGGACUAUCACACAGAUGUUGACGAAGGUGAUUUCAACAUGAUGACCUUCAUGUUUCACGGUCGGAGCUCUCGACUUUCCCUAUUGAUGUGUCAACGCCUAUCCGUGGUUGAAGUUCGUGCUGUGACUCAGUGUUGUCUUUUUCGUGAUGACUACGCGAUUUCUCGUGUUGCUGAUUUUGUUCGCUCGGCCGUUGACACUGCUGCCGAUGGGUGUCGAAUCGCAGCUACGGAUAUCGAUGAAAAUGGCUUGAAGGCAACCCUAACCUUAAUGCGGGAUUGUUUCGACAUGGCCACGCUUUUAAACAUGGCCACAGAACGCGAAGCCGCGGAUGAUGAAUUUGAUCGUCAGACGACUUCAUACAACAAUAACGUAAAGCUAUUGCAGCUGAAGGUGUUGGACGCGAUUAUGCUGGUCAUUUCACACUGCGCACAGCACACGAAUGUUUUCACAUAUGUAGUGGGAGCAGUUAUUCGAGGUCUUACUUCCUUUCUCACUACGAAGCAAGCCGAGUCGUGGCGACAGGCCCGCGAAGAAGAACUUGCGGAGGCCAGACGUAAAGUGAUGAUGGAGACCAGCAAGGGGAAAAAAGAGCACCAUCAGUUUUCUGGCUCUGCAGAAACGGAGGACUAUCCUCCCCAUGAAAGCGAAGAAGAUGAAAAUGGAGAAAUUGCAGCCUUGAAGGCUCCCCCGUUGCCAUGGUUCGACGAAACUGCUUCCUCCAAUAGUGAGAUACCAUUCAUGAGGGAAGGGAUAGAGUGCGCGAUUGUACUACCGCGCAGCCAUUUAAAGACGGUUUACCGCAUCUAUCUCUGCUUCUUCGCUAAGCUAAAAGAGCCAAUUGCUCUCUUUGUGAUGACUUCUUCCCGAUCAGGUAAACGUAGUGGCGAGGAGCGGCGUCGCAUGGAAGCGGUACCCGUGAGCCCUGCUCUCUUUGCUGUCUUCGAUGGCAUGGAGGCCUUGCUUCUUUUGGCAGUUGAUUUCCUUUGUCAUCGGAUGGUCGAGGAGGUCCUUCCAUUAGUCUUGACGUGGUACGAGCGAGCAUGCCUUCCCCGCAUUCCAACAAACACAGAUGAGCGAGUGAAGGAAGCUUGCAAACAUUUUGCAGAGACAGCGAUGCGAGAAAGCCCUAUAUCCGAUCUGAAGAAAGAAGUGCAAAAACAAUGCCGACCUUUUUUUCCCAUUUCUCUCCCAUCAGCAGAAGUUUCCGCUGAGGAUCACAACAUGACUAGCUAA